CGCAGACAUUACUUGAGCGAAGCGGGAUCGUUUGUGAGUUGACUAGUGGCGUCCGUCCAUACUGAGGCUCGUCUCUAGUCUUUUGACAUGACCCAAGCGUCGGAGAAUGUUGUCAUCGGCGUCAUCGGAGGUAGCGGCCUGUAUCACCUCGAUAAUUUGACAUUCGUCAAAUAUGUCAACCCCGAUACACCCUGGGGUUACCCAUCUUCCCCAAUCACAAUAUGUUCCUUGCCAUCUGGAACCAGUGUAGCUUUCCUAGCGCGACACGGCCCCGGUCAUACGAUAACUCCUUCCUCUGUUCCGUCGCGCGCAAACAUCGCGGCACUCAAAUCCCUCGGCGUCCGCGUCAUCCUCGCGUUCAGCGCCGUAGGGUCUCUUCGCGAGGAGAUACCCCCGGGAACGUUCUGUCUUCCUACACAGGUCAUAGAUCGCACGAAGGGUGUACGCCCCACAACAUUUUUUGAUGGAUCGGUGGUAGCGCAUGCCUCGUUUGGCGACCCGUUCAGCAUGAAGCUUGUGCGCUGGCUCGAGGGGGAGGUGGGAAAGGCACUCGCUAGCGACUCUCGUGGAGUCAAGCUUGCUGUCGACAAGUGCAUCGUCUGCAUGGAGGGACCUCAGUUCUCUACACGGGCAGAGAGCUUGAUGUAUAGGCAGUGGGGAGGGGACCUGAUCAACAUGAGUGUGCUGCCCGAGGCCAAGCUUGCGCGAGAGGCAGAGAUAAGCUACGCUCUCAUCGCUACCGCCACCGACUACGAUGCAUGGCGACCCCACACGGAGUCGGUCACGGUCAGUGAGGUCUUUAAAACCCUUCAGGCAAACGCAGAGACGUCGCGCCACGUGGCUGCUAAAGUAUUGGAAGGUUUGAAUGCUUUGGCAGUGCAAGGCGAUAUACUCAGCACGGAGAAGGGAUCCAUGCAAUACUCCAUUAUGCCGCGUUCGGAGCGUCAGCAGGGAGAAGAUGUCGCUAAACUGCGCUUCAUCCUCCCUGAGUACUUCCCGGAAUAGUGACAGGCGUGAUAAUAGUAUACCAUAGAUAAAGAUGCAAAGUAUAAGCAUGUAUACACUGCCUGGAUAUUUCAGUGCACGGGUACCAGCUCGC